UAUAUAUAACAAAAAAAAUAAACGAGAGUGUGACAAAAUCAUAAAAACUAAAUUAUGGCCAAACAAUUUGAUAUUGUCGUUAAAUUACUCUUAGUAGGAGAUUCAGGAGUAGGUAAAACUUGCAUGAUUCAACGAUUCGCUAAUCAUAACUUUCGAAAGGAUUAUCAUUCGACUAUAGGAAUCGAUUUUCAAAUGAGAAACAUCGACUUAGAUGGUCAGCAAGUUCGUGUGCAGAUAUGGGAUACAGCCGGCCAAGAACGCUACGAAUCUCUAACGAAACAAUAUUAUAGAAGGGCUCAAGGAAUAUUUCUAGUCUAUGAUGUUUCCAACGAAAAAAGCUUUCGAAACAUUGCAAAAUGGUUUAAGAAUGUUCGAGAGUGCGCUAACGAAGACGUGGCCUUAACCUUAUUGGGUAGUAAAACUGAUCUUGAAAGGGCAGUAACCGAAAGCCAAGGCAAAAAGCUUGCCGAAAAAUUAUCAAUACCUUUCUUUGAGACUAGUAAUGUUAGUUGCGAGAAUAUAGAAGAAGCUUUCAUCUCAAUGACUAAGCUGGUAUUGCGUAAUAGAAAACACGAAUACGAUGCACUGCAAUUACACAGAAGAGAGAGUAGCACUGAAUUUGUCAGUCAGUUAUUGACGAAUGAGCACCAAACGAAACCUUGUUGUGAUUAGUAAUAUUUAAAAAAAGAACCAUCUUUGUUCCAUUAAAUCGAGUUAAAUCAAUAAAUAAACGAAAUUUUAAGUAUUUUU